GCCCCGCAGCAUGGCGGGCGCGGGGGGGGCCCCGGCAGCGCUGCCGGUACCGGCACCCCCGUGGUACCACCGGGACCUGAGCCGAGCCGCGGCCGAGGAGCUGCUGGCGAGAGCCGGGCGGGACGGCAGCUUCCUGGUGCGGGACAGCGAGAGCGUGGCGGGGGCCUACGCGCUGUGCGUGCUGUUCCAGAAGCACGUGCACACCUAUCGGAUCCUGCCUGAUGAGGACGACUUCCUGGCAGUGCAGACGUCGCAGGGGGGUUCCCGGCGCGGCGGGGUGCAGUCGCUGCCGGAGCUGGUGGCUCUGUACGUGCAGCCGGGGCAGGGGCUGGUGUGCGCGCUGCUCUUCCCGGUGGAGCGCGACAAGGAGCGCGACAAGGAGCCCCCCGAGGAGCGCGACGGCUCGGAUGGGGACGACGAGAAGCCGCCGGUGCCGCCGCGAGCAGCGACCGCAGCCGGGAGCGGCGCUGCGGGGCCGGGACCCCCCGGGCAGCCCCCCGGGAGCGAGGGCCCCGUGCCCACCCCCCGCAGCCCCAACGGCCUGAGCAGCCUGUGCCACGAUUACCUGCGGGGCAGCUACGCGCUGGACCUGGAGGCGGUGCGGGGAGGGGCCAGCACCCUCCCCCACCUGCACAGCACCCUGCUCAGCUCCUGCAAGCGCCUGCACGGCGAGGUGGACAAGGUGCUGGUGGGGCUGGAGAUCCUGGCCAAGGUGUUUGACCAGCAAAGCCCCCCCAUGGGCACCAAGAUCCUGCAGCAGGGUGGGGAGCAGGAGCUGCAGACGCUGGUGCUGAAGCUCUCGGUGCUGAGGGAUUUCCUGGCCAGCAUCGAGAAGAAGGCUCUGCGGGCGCUGCAGGAGCUGAGCGCUGCUGCCCCCCUGCCCGGGCCCGGCCCCCCCCCAGCCCUGAGCCACAAGGCCAAGAGCAUCCCAGUGCAGACCUUCGAGGUGAAGCUGGACGUGAGCCUGGGCGAGCUGCCCAAGCUGGGCAAGGGGCAGAGACAGACGCUGAGUGUGGACGUGGAGCGGGGCCAGGUCGUGCUGCUGCGGCGCCAGAGGGACGUCAGCGAGGACUGGAGCUGCUUCAGCCACGACAGGAUCCGGCAGCUGAUCAAGUCGCAGCGGGUGCACACCAAGCUGGGCAUCGUGUUCGACAGGGACCGGGACCGCGACAGGACACAGCGCCGCGACUUCAUCUUCCUCAGCGCCAGGAAGCGAGAGGCCUUCUGCCAGCUGCUGCAGCUGAUGAAGAACAAACACUCCCAGCAGGACGAGCCCGACAUGAUCUCGGUGUUCAUCGGCACCUGGAACAUGGGCAGCGCGGCGCCCCCCAAGGGGCUGACGUCGUGGUUCACGGCGCGGGGCCUGGGCCGGGCGCGGGACGAGGCCACGGUCGCCAUCCCCCACGACAUCUACGCCUUCGGCACCCAGGAGAACGGGCUGGGCGACAGGGACUGGCUCGAGGCCCUCAGGGCCAACCUCAGGGACUUCACCGCAUCGAGUACCGCCCCCGUGGCCGUGCAGUCCCUGUGGAGCAUCAAACUGGUGCUGCUGGUGAAGCCGGAGCACGAGAAUCGCAUCAGCCACGUCAGCACGUCCUGCGUCAAAACCGGCAUCGCCAACACCCUGGGUAACAAGGGCGCCGUGGGCGUCUCCUUCAUGUUCAACGGCACCUCCUUCGGCUUCGUCAACUGUCACCUCACGUCUGGCAGCGAGAAAACAGCUCGGAGGAACCAGAACUACCUGGACAUCCUGCGCCUGCUGUCGCUGGGGGACAAGCAGCUCAGCUCCUUCGACAUCUCCCUGCGCUUCACACACCUCUUCUGGUUUGGGGACCUCAACUACCGCCUGGACAUGGACAUCCAGGAGAUCCUCAACUACAUCAGCCGCAAGGAGCUGGAGCCGCUGCUCAGGGUGGAUCAGCUCAACCUGGAGAAGGAGAAGCACAAAGUCUUCCUGCGCUUCAACGAGGAGGAGAUCACCUUCCCCCCCACCUACCGCUACGAGCGCGGCUCCAGGGACACCUACGUGUGGCACAAGCAGAAGCCCACGGGGGUGAGGACCAACGUGCCGUCCUGGUGCGACCGCAUCCUCUGGAAGUCUUACCCCGAGACCCACGUCAACUGCAACGCCUACGCUUAUAAUUGA